AUGUCUUCUUCGAGGGGAGGGUCAUCGCAGCAGAGUACACCUGUGCAGUGGAGGAUUACGCGCAGCCCAACAGUGGGGAAUCUAGGGGAAUCCAUUUUUGAUAGUGAAGUAGUGCCCUCAUCCUUGGUGGAAAUUGCGCCCAUUCUUCGUGUUGCCAAUGAAGUGGAGUCUAGCAACCCCCGAGUCGCCUAUCUCUGUAGAUUUUAUGCUUUUGAAAAGGCGCAUAGGCUGGACCCCACUUCGAGCGGACGUGGUGUUCGACAAUUUAAAACAGCUCUUUUACAACGUCUUGAAAGGGAGAAUGAUCCUACUUUAAUGGGCAGAGUGAAAAAAAGUGAUGCACGAGAAAUGCAGAGCUUUUAUCAGCAUUACUACAAAAAGUAUAUCCAAGCUUUACAAAAUGCUGCAGACAAAGCUGAUCGCGCACAGCUCACAAAAGCAUACCAAACAGCUAAUGUUCUGUUUGAGGUUUUGAAAGCAGUCAAUCAGACCCAAGCCGUGGAAGUUGAUCGUGAGGUAUUAGAAACCCACGAUAAAGUUGCAGAGAAGACAGAGAUCUAUGUCCCUUAUAACAUUCUACCUCUUGAUCCCGAUAGUGCCAAUCAGGCAAUCAUGAAAUACCCUGAGGCUCACACCGAACUUGACUUGUCAACUUUAAUUCAAGCAGUUGUACAUGCGCUUCGUAACACUAGAGGUCUUCCAUGGCCAAAGGAUUACAAAAACAAAAAGGAUGAAGAUGUCCUUGACUGGCUUCAAUCUAUGUUUGGUUUUCAGAAAGAUAAUGUAGCAAAUCAAAGGGAACAUUUGAUUUUGCUACUUGCUAAUGUACACAUACGGCAGUUUCCAAAGCCUGAUCAACAACCUAAGUUGGAUGAGCGUUCUCUAGAUGAAGUUAUGAAGAAGCUUUUCAAGAACUAUAAGAAAUGGUGCAAGUAUUUGGAUCGUAAAAGUAGCCUGUGGUUACCCACUAUACAACAGGAAGUGCAACAGAGAAAAUUGUUAUAUAUGGGUCUUUAUCUUCUUAUAUGGGGUGAAGCUGCAAAUAUAAGAUUCAUGCCAGAGUGCCUCUGCUAUAUCUAUCAUCAUAUGGCUUUUGAGCUUUAUGGUAUGCUUGCUGGAAAUGUCAGCCCAAUGACUGGUGAAAAUGUGAAGCCAGCUUAUGGAGGAGAAGAAGAAGCGUUCCUUAGAAAAGUUGUUACCCCAAUUUAUGAAGUGAUUGCUCAGGAAGCUGCAAGGAGCAAACAAGGGAGAUCAAAACACUCACAGUGGAGAAAUUAUGAUGAUUUAAAUGAGUACUUUUGGUCUGUAAGUUGUUUUCGUUUGGGUUGGCCCAUGCGUGCUGAUGCUGAUUUUUUCUGUAAGACUGUUGACCAGCUUUGGAGUGAAAGAGAUGGAGAAAUAAGGCCUACUAGACAUCGGUGGGUGGGGAAAGCUAAUUUCGUUGAGAUCCGUUCAUAUUGGCAUAUAUUUAGAAGCUUUGAUAGGAUGUGGAGUUUCUUCAUACUUUGUUUACAGGCCAUGACUAUUGUUGCUUGGAAUGGGUCUGGACAGCCGAGUGCAAUUUUUGAUUCUGACGUUUUCAAGAAAGUACUGAGCAUCUUUAUAACUGCUGCAAUUUUGAAACUUGGACAAGCCAUCCUUGACUUAAUCCUGAACUGGCAAGCUAGAAGGAGCAUGUCUUUCCAUGUCAAGUUACGAUACGUUCUGAAGGUUUUGGUGGCUGCUGCUUGGGUGAUCAUCUUACCUGUUACCUAUGCUUAUUCAUGGAAAGGUAGUCCACCUGGUUUUCUUCAAACUAUUAAAACCUGGUUCGGGCAUAGCUCGAGUGCCCCUUCUCUGUUCAUCCUGGCCGUCGUUGUUUACCUGUCACCAAAUUUACUUGCUGCCAUCUUGUUUCUUUUCCCCUUCAUCCGCCGUUUUCUCGAGAGCUCCAAUUACAAGAUAGUGAUGCUAAUGAUGUGGUGGUCUCAGCCUCGUCUGUAUGUAGGAAGGGGAAUGCAUGAGAGUGCAUUUUGUCUCUUCAAAUACACAUUAUUCUGGGUGCUUCUCCUCGUUACGAAGUUGGCUUUCAGUUUCUACAUAGAGAUAAAACCUUUGGUGGGUCCAACGAGAACUAUCAUGGGCGCUCAUGUAACAAGUUACCAUUGGCAUGAGUUUUUUCCUCAAGGUAGUCAACUGUCUGGAAACACCAAGCACAUGAAGAAAACACAUGUCUACUUCAUGGAUGCACAGAUCUGGUAUGCUAUAUUUUCUACAUUGUUUGGAGGUGUAUAUGGCGCUUUUCGUCGGCUUGGAGAGAUCAGAACACUGGGAAUGCUUAGGUCAAGAUUUCAAUCGUUGCCUGGUGCUUUUAAUGCUUGCUUAAUCCCAGAGGAGAAAAACGAGACGGUAAAAAAGAAAGGACUGAGGGCUAUAUUUGCACGCAAGUUUGAAGUGAUUCCAUCAAGUAAAGAGAAAGAGGCUGCAAGAUUUUCACAGUUGUGGAACAAAAUAAUCACGAGUUUCAGAGAGGAGGAUCUUAUAAGUAACAGGGAAAUGGAUCUGCUGCUUGUUCCGUAUUGUGCUAAUCGUGAUUUGGAGAUAAUACAAUGGCCUCCUUUUCUGCUUGCCAGCAAGCAGUGGAUAUGGCUAAAGACAAAAGAUAGUGAGCUGAGAAGACGGAUUAAGUCUGAUGAUUACAUGUACUCUGCUGUCUGUGAGUGCUAUGCUUCAUUUAGGAACAUCGUCAAACUGUUGGUUCGUGGAAAACGGGAGAAAGAAGUCAUUGAAUACAUUUUUACUGAAGUUGACAAACACAUAGUGGAGGAUGAUCUGUUAGCUGAAUACAAGCUCAAUGCUCUUCCGAGUCUUUACAAUCUUUUUGUUGAGCUUGUCAAGUACUUGCUCGACAAUAAGCUGGAGCACAGGGAUCAAGUUGUGAUUCUUUUCCAGGAUAUGCUGGAAGUUGUUACCAGAGAUAUAAUGAUGGAAGAUCACAUUUUCAACUUAUUAGACUCGAUUAACGGUGGACUGGGCCAGGAAGGAAAUGUGCCUUUUGAUCAACAAUAUCAGUUGUUUGCAUCAGCUGGGGCAAUCAAAUUUCCUAUUCCCGAUUCAGAAGCUUGGAAAGAGAAGGUCAAGAGGUUGUAUUUGUUGCUGACAGUUAAGGACUCUGCCAUGGAUGUACCAUCAAACCUUGAAGCAAGAAGGCGUAUUUCUUUUUUCUCCAAUUCUUUAUUCAUGGACAUGCCUUCGGCUCCUAAAGUCCGAAAUAUGUUUGUUUUGACUCCGUAUUACACGGAGGAGGUUCUCUUCUCAUUGCCUGAGCUAGAAGUGCCAAAUGAAGACGGUGUUUCCAUUCUCUUUUACUUACAGAAAAUUUUCCCAGGUUUGUGCUUCAGGUGGACAUGCACAUCAUAUUAUAAUCCACUUUCGACCUACCUUACAAACUUAUGUGAUGCAGAUGAAUGGAAUAAUUUCCUGGAGCGUGUCAAGUGUUUGAGUGAAGAAGAGCUUAGAGGAUCCGAUGAAUUAGAAGAGCAGCUACGCCUUUGGGCAUCAUACAGGGGCCAGACAUUGACAAGAACUGUACGAGGAAUGAUGUACUACCGCAAAGCCUUAGAAAUUCAAGCAUUCCUUGAUAUGGCCAAGGAUGAUGAUUUGAUGGAAGGCUAUAAGGCUAUCGAGCUGAACGAGGACCAGAUGAGGGGCGAGAGGUCACUUUGGACACAAUGCCAAGCAGUUUCAGAUAUAAAGUUUACGUAUGUCGUGUCCUGUCAGUUAUACGGUAUUCAAAAACGAUCCGACGACCCUCGUGCUCAAGAUAUAUUGAGACUUAUGACCACUUAUCCAUCUCUUAGAGUGGCUUAUAUAGACGAAGUUGAAGAGCUAAAUAAAGACAAGUCCAAGAAAGUUAAUGAUAAGGUUUACUAUUCGACUCUUGUCAAGGCUGCUCUACCUAAGUCGAACUCGUCAGAGCCAGGACAGAAUCUGGACCAGGUAAUAUAUCGCAUAAAACUUCCGGGGCCUGCUAUCUUGGGUGAAGGGAAACCUGAAAACCAGAAUCACGCCAUUAUUUUCACACGUGGGGAAGGCUUGCAAACAAUUGAUAUGAAUCAGGACAAUUACAUGGAAGAGGCCCUGAAAAUGAGAAACUUGCAUCAAGAAUUUCUUAAAAGGCAUGACGUUCGGCAUCCAUCAAUUCUUGGUUUGAGGGAACAUAUCUUUACUGGAAGCGUUUCUUCUCUUGCCUGGUUUAUGUCGAAUCAAGAGACAAGUUUUGUGACUAUUUGUCAGAGAUUGUUUGCCAACCCUCUUAAGGUCCGGUUUCAUUACGGCCAUCCGGAUGUUUUUGAUCGACUAUUUCACCUCACAAGAGGAGGGGUGAGUAAAGCAUCCAAGGUUAUCAACUUGAGUGAGGACAUAUUUGCUGGCUUUAAUUCUACACUUCGUGAGGGCAAUGUGACCCACCACGAGUACAUACAAGUGGGUAAAGGAAGAGAUGUGGGCCUUAACCAGAUUUCUCUGUUUGAGGCCAAGAUAGCCAAUGGUAAUGGGGAACAGACUUUGAGUCGCGAUUUAUAUCGCCUGGGGCAUCGUUUCGACUUCUUUCGGAUGCUAUCAUGCUAUUUCACCACAAUUGGUUUCUACGUCAGUACCUUGAUAACUGUCCUCACUGUGUACAUAUUCCUGUACGGCCGCCUCUACCUUGUCCUCAGCGGCAUCGAGAAGACCCUGAGCAGCCAGCCCGGAAUCCGGCAGAACAAACCUCUAGAAGUCACCCUCGCCUCCCAAUCCUUCGUCCAGAUCGGAUUUCUCAUGGCCCUCCCGAUGAUGAUGGAGAUCGGGCUCGAAAAAGGCUUCGGGGCCGCACUAUGCGAAUUCGUCCUCAUGCAGCUCCAGCUGGCUCCCGUUUUCUUCACCUUCUCCCUCGGCACAAAAACCCACUACUACGGUCGCACGUUGCUCCAUGGCGGCGCUAAAUACCGGGCCACGGGCCGUGGUUUUGUCGUGUUCCAUGCGAAGUUUGCCGAGAACUAUCGGCUCUACUCACGAAGCCACUUUGUGAAGGCGCUCGAACUCAUGAUAUUCCUUCUCGUGUAUCAGAUAUUUGGGACUUCGUACAGGAAUACGGUUGCGUAUGUGAUUAUUAUGGUGUCCAUGUGGUUUAUGGUGGGGACAUGGCUUUUUGCGCCUUUUCUUUUCAACCCGUCUGGAUUCGAGUGGGGGAAGAUUGUGGAUGAUUGGACGGAGUGGAACAAGUGGAUCGGGAACAGAGGGGGCAUAGGGGUCCCGCCGGAGAAGAGCUGGGAAUCGUGGCAUACGAGGAGCGUUUUGGUAUAUGGCAUAUCAUGGCUGGUGAUACUUCUGAUUCUUUUUGUCAUGAAGACAAUUUCUGUUGGGCGAAGGAAAUUCAGCGCAAAUUUCCAACUUGUUUUCCGACUGAUCAAAGGUUUAAUCUUUGUCACAUUCGUGUCGAUCCUCGCCAUUUUGAUUGCUUUCGCACGUCUAUCUCCUCGGGAUAUUUUCAUCUGCAUACUCGCUUUCAUGCCCACAGGUUGGGGUUUACUUCUGAUUGCACAAGCAUGUAAGCCUUUGGUUGAACGAGCUGGAAUAUGGGGUUCGGUUCGAACUCUUGCACGAGGCUUUGAAAUCGUGAUGGGUUUGCUUCUAUUUACUCCGGUGGCUUUUCUUGCUUGGUUCCCGUUCGUUUCUGAGUUCCAAACCCGGAUGCUGUUCAACCAAGCCUUCAGCCGAGGCCUUCAGAUUUCUCGUAUUCUUGGCGGCCACAGGAAGGACAGAUCCUCCAGGAACAAGGAGUGA